CUCAGAGAAGUGGCCAUUGCACCGCCACGAUGUCCUUUUUGCCGCGAACCUAACUUUCUUCCGAGAAGCCAGAGUUUCGAUUCCAUUCCAUGGAAGCUCGUCGACUCCGGAAUUUCCUGAAGAAGAAGCGAUUCCCAUCGUCGUCAACUCCAUUUCUUGAAGGAUUCAUCUCCCGCCGCUGUAAUUGUGAACGGAGAGAAUAAUCGGCCAUGGAUGUUCGCGAUCACUACAAGGUACUGGGCUUGAACAGAAGCGCGACGAAGGAAGAAGUCAAGGAGGCAUUCAGGAAGCUGGCGAAGGAAUUUCACCCUGAUAAGCACUCCCAAUCGCCCAAGUCCGUUAGGGACUCCGCUACUUUGAGAUUCAAACAGGUUUCGGAAGCGUAUGAGAUUCUUGGCGAUGAUUGUAAGCGUGCUGAUUAUAAUAUUCGAUCUCGUUGUGCUUCUGGUCCGUCUGUUAAUCAACAUUAUUACUCGUCGUAUAAUUCCUAUGCUAACGGGAGUGGACCCCGAUAUGGAUAUGGUUCUUCCUCUGGAUUUGCCUCUCGCUCUGGUUCUAAUGUCGAUGGCUUGUUCACGAAUUUUCAUAUGCUGCUCCGGUUUCUCACCACGCGUGCGUUUCUUCUCAAUUUGGCUUUCGCCGGUGUUUUAGUUGGUGGCAUGUUUGCAAUUGACACAAGUGGGGAGGCCUUGUGGAAGAUGCACAAUUCUGGGAAAUCGUUUGAAGAAGCCAUGGAAUCAAUCAAUAAAGCCAAAACACAUGAAGAUGCUUAAAGGGCUUGCAUUGGAAAGUCAUUUCCCUACCACCGGAUGGCGUUUUCAUGUCUUCUUCCUGUGGAGAUCACAUUUCUCAAUGUAAGUGAAGUUGAAACUGACUGGACUGUACAAAGAAUCGGAGAGCUGCAUGAAAUGUACAUAUACUAAUCUUUUUCUUGACCCCCUCCUGCUUCAUGUCAUUAUAGAUAUAUAGAUUUUAUGAAACUUUUUAAGUGUUAUCUGCA